UCCCACACCUCGUACCUUCCGCUCCUCACAUUGGCUGCUGCUCCUCAAGUCAUAGGGAGCAUACCAUGUCGCAGCAGAUCAAGAGCGGCGCCGCUGCUGCUGCUCCACCUCGUACCGUAAAGACCGAGCCGGGCACCACUGCUCCUGCCGCCCGCAACCCGGUCAAGAAGCAGCGCUCGCCCUCACCUCCUCCCCCAACCACCUACCGUGACAUCCCUCUCCUGUCCACCUCCUCCCAAUCACCCUGGCUGCAUCAUCUCAUUCGCUUCGCCCACCACAAUCGCACCGAUCCCACCGAUCAGGCUCAAUUUGUGCCUCCGCUCAAGCUCAACCGCAAGCACCCGCCAAGAAUCAAGGCACCCGCCGCAAAGGCAGGCGACCCAGUCGUGGACCGUUAUGGCAAGCCAAUCAGACUGAGCAACGGCAAUGUACUCAAGUGGCCUGUAGCCGGAGAGGAUCUGACCGAGCAUCGAAAACAGGUGGAGAAGCUCAAGCCAGUGGAGAAGACUCCUUCGGCCCAGUACGACUCGUCUUUGGUAGCGCCCUCGGCCGCCGCCUCCAGUCGGUCCUAUGCUCAUAGAGGCAAGGGACAGAAGAGAGUCCGACAGAUCCACAAGGCUUCUGCCACGGCCAGACGUAUCCACAAUGACGAAACGCUGCCCUGGGUCCUAGAAGACUACGAGACGGGAAAUUACUGGGAGUCUAGCAGGGUGGGAAGAAAGGACAGCAUCUUUGCACUUGCAAAGCACCUCGAAGAGGGCGGCGUGGGCGUACCCGACGAUUCGACUGUCAAGACUGGAGACGGCGAAGAAGACGUAAAGCCUGUAGACUCCAAGGUCAUUCAGCAUGCACCCUGGGUCGGGAAGCUUGAGGGAGACGAUGCGUCGCUCUCCUCUGAUGCGUCCUCGUCUGCUCAGGUGCUGUUUGUCUUUGAUGAGAGGAAUCAGGGAGGCUUCAAGGUUGUGCCCAUACGCAGGACAUACCGCUUUAUGCAGAAAAGUCGCUUCAUGGACAAUCUGGGCGACGAGGAGCGAGAGAAGGAGUAUGCCCGCCAGCAAAAGUCUCGCGAGCUGGCGCCUGGCAAAUUUGUUACCCGCAACACAAAUGGCGGCUUGCCCGGCUCCUAUCCUCUCUCACGUCCUGGCUCAGGCUCCUCUGCAAGUGGCAUGGGCGUGGGUGGGGUAGGCUUGCCGGGAGUCUUUGGAGCAGGCCGAAACAGCUCUGACAGUGGCAGUGGCGGGAGCUCAGGGGGUGUCAGGAUCAAGAAGGAGGAAGACCUCGAUGAUGACUCCUGGCCACAGCUCAGAGGUCUCUCGCUUGGAUCAGGCCCCUCUCGCCCUCGAGGUCUUGUAGCCGUCAGCGGUGGCGCUUCACGCGGGCGUCGCCGAGGCGAUGACGAUGACGAUGAAUACUCGCAUCGCAGAGGAGAUGACGAAGGCGGUACCUUUGACGAGCUCGACUACCAGGAAGACUUUGCCGAUGAUGAGGAGCGAAUGGGCGGAGAAGCAGAGCUCGUGGAGGACAAUGAAGCUCGUGAGAUGGAGGAGCGUCUCAAACGAGAGAUGGCCAAGGCGGGCUUUGGGGGCGAAGACGAUGAAGAUGACGGCAUGGUCGGGGAAGGCGGCGGAGAGAUUGACGCACCCCAGGGCAACAUGUGGGGAGAGGCUUCCAGCGGAGGCGGUCGGAGGGAAGAUGACCAGCUCACUGGUUCUGGAAAGCAGAUGAAGAAGAUCAUGAAAGCCCUGGCUAAGCGCGAGGGCGGCAUGGGCGAAGAGUAUGAGUCGGACGAAGAGUACAAUCCGUACGUGUCGGAUGACGAGGAGGAGGAGGAAGAAGUCGCCAUGGCCAAUCCAGAGGAAGCGAUGAGGUUGGCAAGAGAGGAGAAGGAACGUGAGGAGAAGGAGGCCGCAAGGUUGGGCAAGGGUACUGCAGCUGGAACAUCCACUGCGACACCCUCGACUGGUGGUGGCGGUACAGGCAUGUCCUCGACUGCUCCUUCGGGCAAGAACUCCAGAGGCACAACUCCGGUCCCUUCAACCCUUCAGCAGUCCAAGACGAAUAGUCCUUCCAAGAACAAGAACAAGCCACUCCCGAGGGGCAACAGCUCAGGGCAUCUCCAUCGAGCUGGUUCAGGCCAUGCCGAUGUGGCCAAGAGGGCGACCACAAACAUUCCAAGCGGUAGUGGAGGAUCUUCGAGUGGUGGCGGAGCAAGGAGUAGGGGAGGCUCCCCUCAUGGUUCUCGCUCUCCGAGCCCUUCUAGAGGAUUUGACGGCAGUAGCCACCUUCCGCGCCAGAGCUCACCCCUUGCAGGUGCAGACGCCAGCAACGUUGCUCCUUCUGGCUCUACCUCUUCCGCCACAAGUGGCAGCCUCAAGAGGCCCGCUUCGCCCACGCAGUCGCACACCUCUUCCUUCCAAGGUCCAAGUGCAAACCUAAGCGCUCCCAAUGCCGGUUCUGGAUCCUCUAACAAGGACCCCUCGGCCAAGCGACUCAAGACGUCCCCCUCCCCCUCCCGCCCUUCCUCACCACCCCACACCUCUUCCUCCUCUCCCUCUUCCACAAGUACCUCUCUUCCAGGUAUCCCCCCUUCUCCUUCCUCUCUUGAAGGAGAGCUAAUCUCUCUUGUUAGAGGUGGACAGGUGAAGAGUAUCGCCGAGGUGAUUGCUCGAUUCAAGAGGAGGUUACAGGAGAGGCCGGAAUUGAAGGGUGAGAUGAUGGCUGCUUUCAAAAAGGUGCUGACGGGAGGGACAAAGGGAGAGGCACUUAGGGUUAAAGAAGGGUAUUGAGAGUGGGAGCAGAGCGCAAGGGGUGGGGACGUGGGAGGGAGGGAGGAAGGACGGGAAAAGAGGCGGACUUUUCCCUCUUGUGUAUGUCUACGCAUUCCAUUCUCCUUGCAUCCAUGGUAACCAAUGUGCAAAUAUCAAAGACGUCUGACUUUUGGCUCGUCUACCUACCUAGCAAAAGUAGCAUGUCAAUGUCAGUCCAAUGUA